GGCGUCGGGGGAGGGCGUAGGGCGGGGAGGGUAUUGCGAGGGCAGCGGCGUGGAACCGCUGGUUGGUUUCUGGGGAGGAAAGCGCGUGAGGGAGGCGGUAGACUGCAGAUCCGCGGGCAGCAAAGGUCCCGGCGCGGACGGCGCAGCCCAUUGUGCAUCUCGUACGGCGCGCUCUGUUGCAGAGGAGCCCGGGCCGGGAAGUGUGGACGCGUCUCUCCCGAGGCCGGGCACCCUUGCCGGCUCUAGUCCAGCGGAGCCCGAGCGCCUCGGACCAAUCCCCGGUGAUUAUGCAAGACAGCGGACCAAUCAGCUCCGCCAGCUCAUGAAUAUUUAUGACCUUGGCUGAGUCAAAGCUUUGAACCGAGUUUGGGGAGCUCGGCAGCAUCAUGCUUAGACUUUUCAAAGAGACAAACUCCAUUUUCUUAUGAAUGGAAAGUGAAAACCCCUGUUCCGCUUAAAUUGGGUUCCUUCCUGUCGUGAGAAACAUAGAGACCCCCUAAAGGGAAGCAGAGGAGAGAAAGUCCCACACCCAGACCCCGCGAGAAGAGAUGACCAUGACCACCAUGCCAGAAAGUCUCAACAGCCCCGUGUCGGGCAAGGCGGUGUUUAUGGAGUUUGGGCCACCCAACCAGCAAAUGUCUCCUUCUCCCAUGUCUCACGGGCACUACUCCAUGCACUGUUUACACUCGGCGGGCCAUUCGCAGCCCGACGGCGCCUACAGCUCGGCCUCGUCCUUCUCGCGACCGCUGGGCUACCCCUACGUCAACUCGGUCAGCAGCCAUGCGUCCAGCCCCUACAUCAGUUCGGUGCAGUCCUACCCGGGCAGCGCCAGCCUCGCCCAGAGCCGCCUGGAGGACCCAGGGGCGGACUCGGAGAAGAGCACGGUGGUGGAAGGCGGUGAAGUGCGUUUCAAUGGCAAGGGGAAAAAGAUCCGCAAACCCAGGACGAUUUAUUCCAGUUUGCAGUUGCAGGCUUUGAACCGGAGGUUCCAGCAAACUCAAUACCUAGCACUGCCGGAGAGGGCGGAGCUCGCGGCCUCCUUGGGACUCACGCAGACGCAGGUCAAGAUCUGGUUCCAGAACAAGCGCUCCAAAUUCAAGAAACUGAUGAAGCAGGGAGGAGCGGCUCUGGAGGGCAGCGCGCUGGCCAACGGCCGGGCCCUGUCUGCUGGCUCCCCACCUGUGCCGCCCGGCUGGAACCCUAACUCCUCAUCUGGGAAGGGUUCAGGCGGAAGCGCAGGCUCCUACAUCCCCAGCUACACGUCGUGGUACCCUUCAGCACACCAAGAAGCUAUGCAGCAACCCCAACUUAUGUGAGGUUGCCCACCCACCUCAGCCAGCCUCCUCUCCAUCUCCCCCGGCCUGGGCCCCUCCUGCCUCCUGGUUCAUCCACCCUGUCCGCGCGCCCUGUGCCCGGAGGAGAAAGGCCCAGACGGAAAGAAGAAGGAACAGUGAAGGCAGGACGCCUGCCGCCUCCUCGGAGACCCGCGCGGUCCUCCCGGCAACUCCAUGGCGCCCGCGCUCUCUUCCGAACCUCGGCCUGGGCCGCGCAGUGACAGCGGAGAGAGGCCUCGGAGCGCAGGCACAGCCACCCGAGACAGCCCGAGCAGCAAAACAAACCUGCUCGACCCGACCCGCCGAC